AUGUCUUCUCGGCAACCUAGUCCUUCGAAACGGCGACGAACCGAUGUAGAUGACACUGACCAAAGAACAUCGGUUACUUCAGAAAUAUCGAUUUCCGACCGUACGAAGCUACGCUCUAGUGCAUCUAAUGCAUCGCGCCAAGUUAGCCCUACGCGCGAUAUCUUUAAUCAACUUCGUUUGGCAAAGCCCGCGAUUAUAUGCGAGCCACAGGCCUCGGGCCUUAUACCAAAUACCGUGUUGUCACUACGAAAGCGUCUUACAGAUGGAUUUGGCCAAAAAGUUAUUCCCAGAGCGUUUGAGUCUCGAAUACGCGCAUCUGACCCAGCUGGUGCCGAAGAUAUUCCCGACUCUGCAUACUUCGACUCCACACAUAUGUCAGACACUAUCCUCGAUGCCAUGUGGAGUGAACUUGAGGAAAUACGCCUAGAAGCUAGGUAUUGUGAUAUGUACGGAAAAGAUGAGAAUGCUUGGUGCCUAGACGUCGUUCAGCCUAUCCUUCGUCUAUCACUGAAAGACGAAUCUAAACUACAAUUAACUAAUGUACAAUCACAACAGAUUGAUGGAGACCUACUCCCUAUAGUAAAGAAUAAUCUAACACGGAUUAAUAAAAAGGCAGAUUAUUCCUUUUCGUAUUCCUGUCGCGACCCAGAAGUCUGCGAAAUUUACCAGAAGGUUAGCUUGGGCGGUCCUGGUUAUAAGAUUAGCCACACAACCGAUGCAUUUACUAAGCGGACUAUACUGUUCUCUGGUAUAGAAGUUAAAGCCGAUGACGGUGGAAAGAAGGAGGCACUCGCCCAACUUGCAAUCUGGUUAAGUGCAAAUCUUGAAAGGCUAGUCCGUUUAGGUGAAUUGGUCAAAGGGCCAUUGAAUCCAACCGAUUGGCUGUUCCCUACUGUCGGUUAUACCGUUAUCGGCCAUGACUGGUUUACCUACAUUGCCUACCGAGUUGGAAACGAAGUGCAUGUUAUUGGCCCAAUUAGUUCUGUACUUGUUGACACCCGAUCUACAUACGGUAUCUUAAAAUUGUGUGACUUGGAGCGCAGGGUGAAAGAGUACGCCGUACGCGAGUAUUGGCCGUGGAUACGAAAGGAAGUUUUAUAUCCACUAGCAACCUUGGGCGAAUAA